AUGCCUUCCCCGUCACCUAAAGUCCUUCUGGCACUCUCAGUCUUGACAAUUCUCCUGUCUUUGGUCACUGAUGUCACCGCGUCGCUUUUCACUUCGCACAAGAGAUCUCCAAAGGUCCUGGGCUUCGACUUCAAGAAAGAAGUCACUCGCAAUUCGCCACUUCCCAAACGCCUACGCAAGCGUCAAAAGACAGUAACAGCGAACAUCGACAAUGCGGAGAUCGCGUACCUCAUUAACAUGACCGUCGGCACACCGGGCCAACCUUUCAGCGUACAACUCGAUACGGGUAGCAGUGACAUAUGGAUACCAUCGGUCGAAUCCAACGCUUGUCAAGAAGAUGAGCAAGCCUGCCAACAGCUUGGUCAAUACGACUCAACGCGCUCAACGAGCUAUGUCGAUGUUGGCCAAGGUGCAUUUCAGAUCCAGUACCAAGACAACAGCGCAGUCACUGGUGAUUAUAUCAAUGAGACUUUGGCAAUAGGGAAUACUGUGAUCAAGGAUAUGACCAUGGGGCUUGCCAUGCAGGCCACUAGGCCAUUUGGCAUCAUGGGUAUUGGCUAUGAUGCCGACGAAUCGAUCUCAGCCAUGAGCCCAACAGACGUCUACCCGAACAUUGUGGCCCAGAUGAAGGCUCAAGGGUUCAUCAGCACUUUGGCCUACAGUCUGUGGCUCAAUGAUCUUAACUCCUUGACUGGAUCAAUCCUGUUCGGAGGCGUUGACACUGCCAAAUACCACGGCAACCUGGUCGUACUUCCCGUGCAAGCAACCAACGGCUCAUACACCGACUUCACGGUGGCUUUGUCGUCUGUAUCUGUGUUGGAUUGUUCAGGGGCGGUCCAGUUCUCCCAGACCAAUUUGGAUCUGCCGGUUAUCUUGGACAGCGGGACUACUGACGCGUAUCUUCCUGAUAGCGUCGUCAACCCGAUUCUCGGUGGUGUCGGUGUCAUAAAUGACAAAGAUUAUGGCACCAUUGUGCCUUGCGACCUAGCAAAUUCGCCAGCAACCUUAAGCUUUGGCUUUGGUGGGAAUAAUGGCCUGACGAUCUCAGUCGGUCUGGGUGAAUUUGUUACACCGAUUUUCAACGAAGAUGGUGUGCAACCUACAUUCAGAGAUGGGGCAGGGACUAUCUGCUCAUGGGGGUUGAUGUCAUCCGGCACGGGGCCCAUACUUUUUGGGGAUGCUUUCCUUCGGUCAGCGUAUGUGGUCUAUGACUUGACCAACAAUCAGAUCGGAAUGGCCCAGACCAAUUUCAACACUACGGAUACCAACGUUGUAGAGAUUUCCGGAAGCUCCAUUCCUGGCGCGUCCAUAACCGCCUCAGCCGUCACGGCGAGUCAAACCUUUAGCGGCAUUCCUCAAGAGACCGACGCGCAAACCAAGACAGGAAGCACGCAAGCUACCGCUGCGCAUGGCUCGCCGACUUUCAAUCUCUGUGUCUCGGGGACCGGAAAAGCGAACGCGGCUCAAGGGAAGAAGGGAGCCGCCUUUGCCGUCGGACCACCAAGGAUUGAGGUGACGACCGUCGUUACAGGCCUCGUCCUGCUGUUGUCCUUAGCCUUUGGUAGUUCGGUGGUCUUGUUGCGAUGA